UGGGGGCAAAGUAUUUUAUCAGAGGGUGUGUUUGUGUGCCCCGGAGAGCAGCGUUCCAUGCUGCUGAAGCUCUCUUGCCCAGGGAGCUUGAAUUUAGCACCACAUUGCUGGACAGCUCCCACCAGGGAGAUGGUUUAGGCUUGUGCUCCAGCCCCCCGCGCGGGGAGUUUGAUUUCAGCACCCUGGAUUCGGACAGCUCCCUGUCGAGAAAAUAAAUGCCUGGCAAGCUGCUUGACAUCGACGUCUUUGGAGGAGUUUCAAACGUGAAUCAAAUAUGUGAGCAUCGCGGCGAGCGACAGACCCGCUUGUACGCUAAGCAAAUCAAGAGCUUUCAGCACCAGAGCUGUGGGCAGCUACUUAUGCAAGAGAAGAGGAUUCGGAGGCGCCGCACCUCCAGCACUUGACAGAGACGGCAUCUUUACAGCAAGGAGCAGGCAUCCAGUCCUCCAGGAAAAAAGAAAGUCAGAGCAUCUUUGCCUAGCUCGCCUGCGAAACCUCGAAAGAAGCCAGCACUGGAGAGACACUCUUUUCCACCGCUUAACAGGUGUCUGCUUUUCAAGCUCUUCUCCUAACCCUGUGGCCCCAGGGAGCUCUGAGAACACUCCCUCAAGGAUUAGGGUGCUGCUGUUGAAUGCCAGGAGCUGUGUGUUUCCCUCACCAGAGAGGCUGGGAAAAGUGUAGCCACCGCCAAAGAUGAUUUCCACUGGGGUACAUCUGAAGCUGAAGCUUCCUCAGAGGGGCAACUGAACCCUGUGGUUGAAACAAAGGUGAUCCACCCUGCUGGUGACAAAUAGGGAUAUCAAUCUGGUUCAGCUGCCCAGAGCAAAUGGGAGGCUGUCAGCGACCUUUGCUCUGACUAGGGUGACCUUGUGGUUUGGAGAAGCUUUGGCUGCUCUCCUGAGGCAGUACCAUGGCAUUCUCUGCCACGCUAUGGGUCCUGCUAGUCUACCCUGUUGUGCACCAUGGUGACAGCCAGAACCCCAGCUUCAAUGUGGCAGCCAAGAAGGAGAUCAGCCUGGAAGGUGACCUGGUCAUUGGUGGGCUAUUCCCAGUUCAUGAGAAAGGCAGCCCAACAGAGGAGUGUGGCAAGAUCAAUGAGCAUCGUGGGAUCCAGCGCCUUGAGGCUAUGCUGUUUGCCCUAGAUGAGAUCAACAAGAACCAGCAUAUUCUGCCAGGCAUCACAUUGGGGGCCCACAUCCUCGAUACCUGUUCCAAAGACACCUAUGCCCUAGAACAAUCACUGGACUUCGUCCGUGCCUCCCUCACUAGAGUGGACGGCUCUGAGCACAUCUGCCCCGACGGGUCCUACGCCAUCCAUGAUGAUGUACCUACAGCUAUCACAGGGGUUAUUGGGGGCUCCUACAGUGACGUCUCCAUCCAGGUGGCCAAUCUGCUGCGGCUGUUCCAGAUUCCCCAGAUCAGCUAUGCCUCCACCAGUGCCAAGCUCAGUGACAAGUCUCGCUAUGAUUACUUUGCUCGUACAGUCCCACCAGAUUUCUAUCAGGCCAAAGCUAUGUCUGAGAUCUUACGUUUCUUCAACUGGACCUACGUCUCUACAGUGGCCUCAGAAGGAGACUAUGGUGAAACAGGCAUUGAAGCAUUUGAGCAGCAAGCCCGGGCUCGCAACAUCUGCAUCGCCACCUCUGAAAAGGUGGGGCGUUCCAUGAACAAGAACACAUUUGAUGGGGUGAUCAAGGCACUGCUGCAGAAGCCCAGUGCUCGGGUGGUGGUGCUGUUCACUCGAAGUGAAGAUGCUCGGGAGCUUUUGGCAGCUGCUCAGAGGAUCAAUGUGUCCUUCACUUGGGUGGCCAGUGAUGGCUGGGGCGCCCUUGAGAGUGUAGUAGCUGGCAGUGAGUCAAUCGCUGAGGGUGCCAUCACUAUUGAAUUGGCAUCCUAUCCGAUACAGGAAUUUGCCGUGUACUUCCGGAACCUUGAUCCCUACAACAACAGCAGAAACCCCUGGUUUCGGGAAUUCUGGGAACACAAGUUCCAGUGUAGCUUCCACAGCCAAAACUGUAGCCGUUACACCAUGAAGACAGGCAAGUUUGAGCAGGAAUCCAAGAUCAUGUUUGUCGUCAAUGCGGUCUAUGCGAUGGCCCAUGCUCUUCACAACAUGUACCGGGCACUGUGCCCCAAUGCCACCAGGCUCUGUGAUUCCAUGAAGCCGGUGAAUGGAAAGAAGUUCUAUAAGGAGUUCAUGCUCAAUGUGACAUUUGACGCUCCAUUUCGACCCUCAAUGGACACCAAAAGCACCGUUCGAUUUGACCAGUGUGGGGAUGGAAUUGGUCGUUAUAAUAUCUUCAACUACCAUCAAGCCAACGGGAGGUAUCGCUAUCAGAAAGUGGGUUACUGGGCAGAAGGACUCCUCCUAAACACAAGCCUGAUUCCAUGGGUGAAGACCUCCAUUCCUGUCUCCCAGUGCAGUGACCCUUGCAAGAAGAAUGAAAUGAAGAGCAUGCAGCCAGGAGACAUGUGCUGCUGGAUAUGCAUUCCGUGCCAGCCUUACGAAUACCUGCUGGAUGAGUUCAGUUGCAGGGACUGUGGUCUUGGAUACUGGCCCAAUGAGACAUUAAAUGGAUGUUAUGAGCUACCCCAAGAGUACAUCCGCUGGAAGGAUGUCUGGGCUAUUGGACCAGUCAGUAUUUCUUGCCUAGGUUUCAUCUCCACACUGUUUGUUUUUGGAGUCUUUGUUAAGAAUAACGACACUCCUAUAGUGAAGGCCUCUGGCCGUGAACUGUGUUACAUCCUGCUCACCGGGGUGUUGAUGUGCUACAGCAUGACGUUCAUCUUCAUUGCCAAGCCUUCCACCGUGGUUUGUACCUUGCGGCGCCUGGGGUUAGGCACCUCCUUUGCUGUCUGCUACUCUGCCCUUUUGACCAAGACAAACCGUAUUGCUCGGAUUUUCAGUGGGGUAAAGGAGGGCGUGCAGCGCCCACGGUUCAUAAGCCCCACCUCCCAGGUAGUGAUCUGCAUGGCUCUUAUCUCUUGCCAGCUCAUUAUCGUCAUCAUUUGGCUCGUGGUGGAGACUCCUGGCACACGAAAGGAGACAGAGCCUGAUAAAAGGUAUAUUGUCACUCUCAAGUGCAACAACCGAGACUCAAGUAUGUUAAUUUCACUCACCUACAAUGUCCUCUUGAUAGUCUUGUGUACAGUCUAUGCCUUCAAGACCAGGAAAUGUCCUGAAAAUUUCAAUGAGGCCAAGUUCAUUGGGUUCACCAUGUAUACCACGUGCAUCAUCUGGCUGGCCUUCCUGCCCAUCUUCUACGUCACCUCCAGUGAUUACCGGGUCCAGACCACCACAAUGUGUAUCUCGGUUAGUCUCAGUGGCACCGUAGUCCUUGGCUGCCUCUUUACCCCCAAGCUCCAUAUCAUCCUCUUCCAGCCCCAGAAGAACGUAGCCAGUCAUCGCGUUUCCACCAAUCGUUUUAGUGUGACUGCUGCAGGCUCCAGCCACUCUCAUGGAUCAUCUUCUCAAUAUGUCCCAACAGUAUGUAAUGGCCGUGAAGUGGUGGACUCUACGACAUCAUCUUUGUGAACACCCUGUGUUUUCUGUCAGAGUGUAUGCUGCCUUUCUGUUUACUCCCUAUGAACAUAUGCCUUUUUCUUUUCCACUGGGCCUUUUCUUUCCUUUAAAAAAAACAAAAAAAACCAACGAUGUCCCAAGCCCACUCAGCAGACAAGCUUUUUUCAAGGAAAGGAAAUAGGCACAAGAGAACUGAGACAAACCUUUACCAUCCCCAAAAUCCAGCACCAGCUCAGAGAUGCAGGAAAACUUGGGACAGUCAGGAUUGUUAUCUAUCAGGUGACGUUUCCUUUACUGGAUCAAGGUAGGAUCGAAGAAGAGGGAUUCCUGAUCUCAUAACCUGGGUGACAUGACAGUAUUCUAUAAAGAAUAUAUAUAUUCAUCUUUCUCUCUAAGUACUGGGCCAUUGAAGGGCAACAAGUAGGGAGAAAGCAAUGGUGAAGCUAUUGUACUAUUCCGCUGCUGCCCACCCCCUCCCAAGCUUUCCUCUACCCCCAAUACAAUACUUCUACUAACAGAAGGUAGAAGGGGAGGAUCAAUGAUGCAAGCUUUGCAAGAAUACCAAGGAAUCCAAGGUGCUAUAGACUGAAGACAUGGAGUAAAACCUCCUUAUAUAUUAAAAACAAAAACAAACCUGAUAGGACACACAGACAUGUAUAAAGAUUACAGAGUUUAAAUAGAUGUGAUCUUGUAUGAUCUGCGUUUUAGAUUUAAUCUGUUUCUCUGCAAAGGCAGUCACGGAGAGAAGCUUCUUAAGAGGAAUGAAUGUGUUUCGGUAAUAAGGUCUGAGAAGAAAAUUUGAGGAGUUAACCAUGCCUGCCCCCGCCAUCACAGAAUAAGGAGUUAUAUACUGCUCUGCUAAAUAAAGCAGGUGGGGAAAGAAAGUAAAAGUAAUGGGGAGACUUGCUUAAACAACAAAGCAUACAGAAGAAGCUGGUUACUUAGAGUUCAUUAACUCUGUAGGGGACUAUUGACAGAAACAAAACAAAAAAGAGCAAGUUGUUUGGCUAAUCAGAUGUAUGUGUGCUUCCAGGAUCAUGCAAGUACUAGGACUGAGCACCCCAAGAAGAACAGUGGACAGAACUUCACUAUGUGAUCUGGAUAGAAUUAAGGAAAAUGGAGAAGAAUGCCCUUCAUCCUGUUAAGUGUGUCUUUUGCUUGCCUUUUAUACUGAAGAUUCACAAGAGUUGCUGACUGCUUUCUUUCUCACGUUGCAUUUUACUAUAGCUCCCUGCGUGCUAUUUCUAAACUUCACCAGAAAAAGUGCCGUUUCUUCACCUUGAAACCAAGGGGAAGAUUUGUGUGUUUGUGUGCCAGUUCCUCAAUGGACAGAGUAUCCUUCUCCCAGUAAGAAAAGGAAAAGUGAUGGAGGAACCUCAGUGAUCAGUUUGGGCCAGGUGAAGAUCCAGCAGGGAUGUGCACCCACUUCUCCAAAGACUCUGGAGCUCUUAUUUGUGUGUAGCUUAUUCUCAUUUGCUCCACUAGGACUGCUGUUUAUUCUUCUAAUGUACCCGAGUAGCCAGAAGACCAUUAUGUCAAUCUGCACACUUCAUAGAAAAGCCUGCCCUGCCUUGCUAUGAUUCUUCCACAACACUCUACCAUGGAGGUAAGGCUAUCUUCUGAAGACUGCUGCUUAAAUGCAUGUGCAUAGGAGCUCUGUUGACCACCCAUGUAACUAGCCUGUGAGAAGCAUGGCUACUCCAUACUAUCUCUGUGCCCCAAGUGACUGCGAUCCUGUUACAGCCUAAUUGCUACUACUAUUCAUGAGGUCUUCCUCUAGUUCAAUGUGUUUGAGACAUACAAAAGCUAAAAUGUUUUCUUCCAGCCACCACCACCAAGUACUUCCUUAUUGUGAGGGGUGUGGGAGUGUCUCUCUUUGGAAUAUCCUAUUUGAUACCAAUCAUACAGUACUAGAAGAUGGCUCAGUCAAAGCCCCAGUAUCCUAAAGAUUAAGCUUGUUUAUGGUGCCCUGUUCCAUGGAAAAGGCCUCCAGAAUGUUUGGAACAGUGAGAAUGUAUAGGAAAUCUCCACAGGUAAGACCCUUGCUUGAAAAAUUGCGCUGGAGGACAUCAAUGGAAACUUCCAGGCCUAAAAAUAUACUGUAUAUGGUGCUGAACAUUUCAGUGUAAACUCACUUUGUCAGUUGCUAGCUAUGGUAACAAGUCAUCUGGAAUAAGCAACUAGAGCAAGCUGUAAAACAGUCCAUAAGUCAAUUACACUAUGUUGCCAAUGAGGUAUUAAAUCCAUUUCCUUUGGUUCAUUUCAUUUAUCGAAAUAUUUCUAAACCAGCAACAGGAAGAGCUUCUACUUAUUCCCAACUAGCUGGCCUGAGACAAAUACUCCAGUCUAGCAGGCCCCAGAAGACCACUGCAAGGGAAACAUUAAGCGUUGAUCAAUAGGAUGUGUGUCACUACUUUAAAUAAGCAUAUCCCAACUAUGAAGAAAACAAGGGGUAAUUUGUCUGAUCCCACCAAAUAAAAAAAUGGGCACCGACUUCUAUGUAUCCAGCAAAACUGCAAUAAAAUACUAUAAUCUCCACUAUAUUCAGUAAGUGUGAAGCAACAUAUAUGCAACCUCAGGAAAAUACUAUAAUGAAAGAAGAAAUGGGGGUGGGGUCCCCUUAAGACUAGCUCUAGCUUUUAUGGGUCCGUUAACUUGGCCUAAGAGGGCCCCAUAGCCCUGUCAAGGUGGAGACCUAGUUGGUGAGAAGACCAUGAGGUUCCCUGCACCAUUACAAGCAAGUCUGGAUAUCAUUUUUAUUUUGCAAGGUUGGGGACAACACCACUUGGCUGCCCUGGCCCGGCCUUGCACUUAUUGAAAGCCAGCAUGGUAGCACUGACCCCCAUGGGGGGGGGUAGAUCCCUUGUUGGGUCAGGAGCCCCUGCCCAACUUCCCAGUGUUCUUGCUCUGUUAGAAACCUUGGGGCUUGAUGUCCAACUUCUUUUGCAGGGAUCCUGGAGAAUACAGUUUGCAAAAGAAGCUAUUUUUAAUCAAGCUGCUUCAAAUCUUGUGCUGUUUUUGUUAUACACCUCAGUUUAAUUCUUGACGCUCGACAAUCACUUGGGAGGAACUUUCUCUUUGUGAAUGGUUUAAAGACUCAUUUCCUGGCAGCUGAGGAAAAUGAAAUCUCCAGUGCAAUUCUCUCACAGAAACAGGGACACCGUGAUCGCUUUUAUGGCACCACUUUGUUAUCAAAUUUGUUCAGGAAAAAUGCAAAAGCACGAAGAGGGAGUUGUAGAAUACGUCAAGGCCUUAUUUAUUGUAAGAGAAACUAAAACAAGAUGUCAGAAGCACAAUUUUACUUCUGUGAAACAAUUCAGUUUAUAACAAAACCAUAUAGAAUUAUUUUACAGUAUAUGGCAUCUAAAACAAAAUAGAAAGCAUGAAGCUUAGUAGACAAUAUAUUCUGUGUACUGGCAGAAGGUUCAACACUUGCCUAUGAACGAACAAUUCUCCCUACAGCUUUGUGGGAGGGGAGAUGGAGCUACCUCACAAUCCCAGGAAGAGCAACACAACACAAAGAACAGCAUAUUGUUUUGGGGGGGUUCCAAUUCAUGGUUGUGAAAUUAUUAAUGUUGCAAACUGCCCCAAAGGCUGAGCUAUAAGUUCCCACUUCUCAAAGUACCUUACCUGCCUGAACUGCCUGCUGGGAACUAUCAAUAGAAGGCAGCUGCGGUAUUCAAACUUACAGAGACGCUGAAAACAAGGACUUGGAUGUCUAAAAGGUGUUUGCCAAUUGCAGUAUCUCCUGUGUAAUCAUGUUUCGUGUUUGAAUCCGGCAAUGUAUUAUGAUGAAUUACAGUAGAGGUUAUUUUGUUUUUUAGGCAAGACUUAAUGAAUACCAUAAAAGAAUGUUGUGUCCACGCAGCUUUUUUCUUUCUUUCCCCCAUGCAGUAUGAGCAUGUCUGUACUAGAUUUAUAUCACAAGUUAGUGAUAUUGGAGGCAGCUACAGUAUAACAUGCAUCUGCCUCACCUGUGUCAUCCAUACUGACAACAUAUUUGACUGCUGUAGGUGCCAUAUGUCAUGACACUGUAGAUUGUAGUGGGCUGAAGAUCAGCACAUCUUUCCCCACCCAACAAAGAGGUAUCAGGGCUGCCAUUCAUUUUCACUCCUUUCUAACUCAAUAGGAGAGAAUGGCAGAAUUCUAUUUUCUUUUAGAAUUUUAAACACAAAUUCUGCACCAUAGAGUUGAUAUUAUUAAACACUUGCAGAAGCAGGCAGAAUUAAUGUUCUGGGUGUGCUGCUUUCCCUUUUUAAUGAAAUUCACAACUCUGCAAAUUUAGUGCCACAAGAAAAAUACAUGGUUACAAAAUGGUAGCCCAAGAUUAUUAUUAUUUUUAAAAAGAGUUCAAAACUCAGACAACAAUGAGCACCAGAAAAGUAUAGUCAGCCAUCACUAGGGACAGUGCUGUGUGGGAGGAGAGCUGGUCUUGUGGUAGCAAGCCUUUGCUAAGCAGGGCCCAUCCUGGUUUGCAUUUGAAUGGGAACAUGUGUGAGCACUGUAAGAUAUUUCCCUCAGGGGAUGGGGCCACUAUGGGAAGAACAUCUGCAUGCAGAAGGUUCUGAAUUACCUCCCUGGCAUCUCCAAGACAGGGCUGAGAGAGACUCCUGCCUGCAACCUUGAAGCCGCUGCCAGUUUGUAUAGAUAAUACUGAGCUAGACGGACCAAUGGUCUUACUUGGUAUAAGGCAGCUUACGAUUUUCCUACCCUUGUGUAACCCAGCCACAGAGCAAAAUUCAAUUCUCGUUUCAAAAGCAGACUGAUUAUCUGCAAAUCAAACUAACUGCGGUGAACUAAACCACAUCAAAUCCAAGCUGACAGCAGCUAUAGAAGAUGCUGUGCAGUUAUAGCAUAUCCUAUGAUAUCAGCCUGUACUAAUUUCCCAACCUCAUAAUUGCUACCCAACAUGAAUACCUUCUCUUCUGUCUGCAUUCCCCUUACUGUUGUCUCCAAUUCAUUUUUGCAUCUUCUCAUUAUAUCAUCAAAUGCAUCAAAACUGCAUUGAUUAAAGUGCAUCCGUAAGAUAGAAGCUGAAGCCUUUACUUAUUAAUAUUACUUUAGAACAACAUUCAGUAUAGCUGUUCAGUGCUGUUCUUGUGCCAUGAAGUGCAAGAUCGCUACUUUUUUCCUGGCCUUUAAUAGAAAACUGAUAAGCAAAAAUUUAGGAUCCCCCCUCCCACACACACACACCAUGCAAGAAAAAGCUUCAUUAGCUCUUACAUUUUUGACUCCUGUUAAGAGAGGCAUAAGGUGGGCCAGUAAAAAGUGUGAUUACCUUAAUGAAGUCCUCUAUACAUCGUGUUUGACUGGCUCUUUCACGGAGUAUUACCCUCCAGAACAAAAGUAAGCACACCUAAAACUAGAUGGAAGGAAAAAUGGCUGUUGAUGGCCCUUAUGAAACACACAGUCCACCUAAACCCAGGAGGAGGAGGAUGUAUCAGACCAAAGGUCCAUCUAAUCCAGCAUCCUGUUUCCCACAGUGUCAAAACAGAUGCCUCUAAUUCCAGAAACAGGAUAGUAAGGCCUCUCCCACUCUUGCUUCCCAGCAAUUUAUUCAGAGGAGGCAUAUGACCUCCACGCCUAGAAGUAGCAUAUAGCUAUCAUGUCUACUAACCAUUGAUAGACUAUCAAUUUAUCUAUUCCCCUUUUAAAAUCUCUCAGAUUAGCGGCUAUCACCACAUCUUGCAGCAAUGAAUUCGAUAAAUUUAUAUCAGGCACCAUGUAAAGAAGUGCUUCCUGAAUCUUCUGCCAGUUAGUUUCACUAGAUGACCCUGGGUUCUAGUGUUAUAGAAAGGAGAAAAACUUCUCUCAGUCCACUUUUUCUUUCCAGACUAUAAUGUUAUAAACUUCUAUUAUGUAUGUAUGCUUCUCCCUGCCUAAGCCACCUUUUCUCUAAACUAAAAGGUCCCCCAGUGUGUUAGCAUUUCCUCAUAUGAAGGUGCUCCAGAAUUGCAACCAAAAGGAUGAAGCUGAUAUCCUAUUUCUCUGUUGGCUUGAACAAAUGGUGCAUGAUUAAAUACCAAAAAUUCUAUCAACAAACCACAGUGUUAUACCUACAAUUGAAAGCUCCAGAGCAUUUGUCCAUCUAGCAUUUCCCUACCUAGUCCACUGGUCUUCAGCUGGUGAACUGGGGCCUACAAAUGGGCCACAACCUCACCUAAACUAGGUCACACCAACGGUACUACCAGACACAUACAUAGUUUUAAAAGAGUUAAGAGGUGGGUCCUGGGGCAGACUACUGCUCCAAACAACCCCAAAGGAGAGAAACUUGUCAGAAUAGAAACAUUCUGUUCCCUCAAGUCCAGGGGAGGUGGGAGUGGCCAGUGCAGUUUGGGAUAUCAUCUUUCUGUAUUAGUGCAUAUUGGUUAGACUCAAAAGAUAAUGAGUAAAUGCUCCAAACAUAUUCCUGCUAGAUAUAAGGUUGGUUCGGACAAGAUGGCAACUGCAGCACUCAAUCAGGAUGGGGUUGUGCUGAGUGUGUGCCUGUCCUGAUUUCACUAGAAAAUGCCCUGACAAGGUGGGAAUAUUUAAACAGGGUUUCGGAGUGCAUGCAGAGGGGUAAUUCAGAUUAAUACCUCCCUUGCAUGAUUAAGGAAUGCGCUGGCAACAUGUCUCGACAUUCUUCAGUGAUGUCAGGGCAAAUGUGGUCUCAGCACAACCCCAGUUCAGAUCACCUGUUGUGGUUGGCGUCUCAUCCAGACUGGCCUGGAACUCUUAAAACUACCCACAUAUCACUCUUCAUAUCUGGAGGAGAGCUGGUCUUGUGGUAGCAAGCAUGACUUGUCCCCUUGCUAAGCAGGGUCUGCCCUGGUUGCAUUUGAAUGGGAGACUUGAUGUGUGAGCACUGCAAGAUAUUCCCUUCAGGGGAUGGAGCCACUCUGGGAAGAGCAGAAGGUUCUAAGUUCCUUCCCUGGCAUCUCCAAGAUAGGGCUGAGAGAGACUCUUGCCUGCAACCUUGGAGAAGCCGCUGCGUCUGUGAAGACAAUGCUGAGCUAGAUAGACCAAUGGUCUGAUUCAGUAUAUGGCAGCUUCCUAUCUUCCUAUGAACUACAAUAACCAUUCAGGCACUGUUGCUCACAAAUUUGGCAGCUCAGGAGCAAAACAUAAGCUGUAGGGAAGGCUUUAUGACCAAAUGUAUAAUCUAUCUUAAAAUAAUAACCACAUAUUUAUAGAAUAUGGGAAAGUGGAGGGGGUGGGGGUAGUGAGAAAGAGUGUUGCUAUACAAAAUGGCUGGGAAAAGAGAAUGAAUUAUUUGAACUAAAGUGUUAUUGUGCUACAUAUUGUUAAAAUGAGUUUAAAGUAGAUUUUUGUGAACAAGUUUGUGCUUUUUGUAAUUCAUGUAAAUAAAGUGCUUUUUUUAUUA